CCUAUAUAAACGGCGUGCACGGGGUUUUCGAGUAUCAUCAUCCUUUCAACUUGCUCAGUAGUACAUCCACUCGUUCCACGUAGCCAACAUGUUCAAGACGUUGUUGUUCGCUGGAUUAUUGGCGAUCGCCGCCGCCGCCCCUUCGCCAGUCCCGGCUCCGGCACCAGCUCCAGCACCGGCUCCAGCGCCAGCUCCGAGCUCUGCUCUCAUCGGGACACCGUACAUCGCCCCCUUAGGAGCGUCCCCUCUCUACAACAUUGGCGGACCCAUCGUCUACACCAAUUACCCAGCAUCGCUUCCUCUCACCGGCUACGUACCCAACCUCAUCUACAAGAACAUCGUCUACUAAGGACUCACAAGGACGCACCGAUCGAUCGACCGAUCGUUGGGAUCGGUCGAUCGAACGGACGGACCGAACCACCAACCGAUCGACUCAUUUUCUAAUCACAACGAAAAUCAUUAAUCACGUAUCUGUACUUUCUGCGAUGCAUCGUUUAAUCCUCGAUUCACCAUCAAUGUUAUGUACUUUUAGAUUCGGUAUCAAUAAAACCGCUUAAAGGCAAACCAUCA